GAAAAAGUGUCGCUUGGUCUAAAGUGAAAUAUUUCAUCGUUUGUGUAUCACUUCACCCAGUCGCCCAGGCUACUUUGUAUAUCUCGUAUAUCCGUACUGUAACAAUGCACUCGCACGGACAGUCGAAGACGAUCCGCCGCGAUAACUUCCUCAACAGCCACUCCGUACGCAGCCAAGGCAGAUCAGUGAUUACGUACCUAUCUACUUACUAAGAAAUAGUUAAACGCUCGAACUUACUCUAAACGCAGUGCUACUUUGACUCGAACGUCUGCGUGCGUGUAUGCUUCCCGAGCCGACAAAGAAGACCGUGAUCAUGAUGAGAAAUCAAGAUUUCUUUUUCUUCUAAUCUACUAGUCUAUAAAAACAUGAAGAGUCGCGGUUUUCUCCGACGAAUCUCCGACCCUCGCUCAAUGAAGCAAGGCGGCAACUCGAAAAGCACACAUCCCAGCAUUUUGUGUAAAAAUAAUAAUAAAACCAAUGUAGCAACUGCUUGACGUGACACGCUUCAAAAUGGUGGAUACAGUGAAAAUGAUGGAAAAACCUUCGCUUGAACAUUUAUGUAGAAGAGUCCGGCGAUAGACUAACGCGUGCUGCAAAGGUCUUGGAACAACUAACUGGUCAGCAGCCAGUAUUUUCUAAAGCUAGAUAUGCUGUACGUUCCUUUGGCAUCCGUCGGAAUGAGAAGAUGGUUAUGCACUGGCACUGUACAUGAUGUAAAAGCUGAAGAAAUUCUCGAGCGCAGCCUGAAGGUACGUGAAUAUGACUUGAAGAAAGAAAACUUCUCGUGCACUGGGAACUUUGGUUUUAAUAUAGAAGGACACAUCGAUCUGGGGUUUAAAUAUGAUCUCAGCAUUGAUAUUUAUGGGCUGGAUUUCUAUGUUGUAUUUGGACGACCAGGAUUCAACGUAGCACACAGAAGAAGAAAAACUGGUAAAAUCGGCUUCCAACAUAGACUGACAAGAGAAGAUGCCAUGAAAUGAUUCUAGCAAAAAUAUGAUGGUAUAAUUAUAGCUGGGAGAAAAUAAUAUGUGUACCAAUAAAACCAAAAAUGUAUAACAGAAUCUAUCCUAAAUUUCGAGGAUAGAGGAAUUUCAGCGACACGAUUUCUCCAAAAUCGUCAGACAGAAAGGCGGGGGGGGGAUUCGUCGGAGAAAACUACGGAGAUACAAUUUCCUUACAGUCUCACAUUCGCUGCCAAAACGCGGCCGUUUGAUCGCGAGUUUCGUUCGCCUAGAGCGCGAAGAUCCCGAGGGAUUGUUCUUAUGAGCUGAAAAGACGCAUCAAUAUGAGAUACAUAUGCGCAUAGAUACGUGUCUCUGUUUCCGCUUGCCUACUUUCUUAUUGUCCGGCUAUUUUCUGUGUACACGCAUUUUUACUUUCAUAUCACGUUUUAUAUAAUAUUUAGCAUAUAAAUUCGAAUAUCGGAAAACGUAAGAAAAAACGAGGGAACUUCUCGCCCUUUCCUCAUUCUCUUUCUCUCUCGUCUAUAUGCGCGCAACAAUAACUUCUUGUAAAUCUCGUUGAACAAAGUAUAGCGAGCAAAGGUACAAUAAUGAAAUGGCAAUAACUUGCAAUAUCGUAUCGUGCUUUCUAUGUGUUUAAAUUGAGCGACCUAGAAAACUUAUGCUCUGGAAAGGAUCAGAAGAACGAAUAACGCUCCUUUGGGAGGUGCAGAAUUGUCGAAGAGCUGCGAAUACAAUGAUAUCGUGAUGCCACAGUCCAAUUCUUUAAGCCAUUCUAGACAAUGUUGCGGUAUUUUUCGCAAAGAAGUCAAUAAUCAUGUUUAAUGACGAGAAUGGCAGAGCGUAUGUGUGUGUGUAACAAUUUAUUUUACACGAAAGAAUAUUUUAUAAAACAAAAUGGGGAAUACGCGUGCCCUUAUACGAAUACAAUAGUAUGAUAUAAUUAAUUUCGAUAAUGAAAUUAAGCAAAUACGCAUGCAACAUAUCCCGUAAGAAAUAAUUGCAACAUUAAAAAUCUAUAAGAAAUCGCGCAAGAAAAGCACAAAUGCUAAUUUCCGAUGUAUACAUAGGAUAAUCGUACACUUGCUUGCUUUUACACUCCAUAUU